AUGGCUACACCAGCGACGCUGGCGUCGCCGCCACCCAUGUAUAUCCCGAUGACGACUAGCGCAAGAGACUCGCUCAUAGCUAUCUGCUUUCUAUGGGCAGUUUUUGCAGCGGUAGUGUUUGCUCGACUCUGGGGCAGAUAUCGUGGAAUUGGCGUUGGCGGAGAUGAUAUCUUGGCUUUGGCUGCUUGCCUUCUAUCAGGCAGUACAAUAGGCAUGAAUGCAGCAGUUUUUACGUCUGGUGUCGGAUACAACUUCGACCCUGACUCUGACGUGUAUCCAAAAUUGCUCAAUAACAUGCAGUUUAUCUUGAAGACGACUUUUGCUUUCACGCUUAUCUACCUAUGGGCACUGGCGUCCUUGAAGCUCAGUCAGCUCUGGUUCUAUCAUAGAGCCUUUUCUGUUCAACUCAAGUGGUGGAUCUUCUUUAUUGGCAGCAUUGUCAUUGCAUGGGCUUUGGUCUUCACCUUUGUCUUCAUCUUCCUCUGUGAUCCGAUUUCCCAACAAUGGACAGUACAGCGAAUCGGUCACUGCAUGGACCAGAUCCUGGUACUCAAGUGCAUUAUCAUGACAAACGUUGUCACCGACCUGUUCAUUGUGAUUCUACCUAUCUGGACUGUCUGGCAAUUACAAAUGCGGAAAACCGAAAAGCUUGCUGUCAUUGCCUGCUUUGCUCUCGGCUUAGCAUGCUGUGUGAUUGGCAUCGUUCGAUUCUGGCAGAUCUACGUCAUCGAUCUUAUUGGCAAUUUGACUGGCACUUCCUUGACUACAUUCAUGCUCUGCACGGUUGAGCUCAUGCUUGCCGGUCUUUGCAUCAAUAUUCCUAUGCUUCGCCCCUUCUACCUCAGGUGGAGAGCCAAGUACAAGUCCUCCUCGCUCGAAAACUCCAAUAGCCAAAGCGCAUUCAACAGGGGAUCGCGGAGUGGGCAGAUCAAGGUGCAACCCAAGCCUGGUCAGUCCACAGCAUGGAUAGAACUGAAUGACAAGGAGCACGAGACGGGCAGCAAUGACGAUGGCGAUUCCCAACGAAAACUGACCAGAGAGCAAACCAGUACUGCGAUACACGUACAUACCAACUGGAAGAUUACACGGGAAUGA